GCAGCCCGAAGGUCUGCUGUUCAAAAAGUACCAACUGGACCGGGUGUUGGGUCUCGACAAAACCUAAAUUUCCUUCUUUGGACAGCCAACUACGCGAUUGAUCCGCCGGCUCGCAAAAGGAAGCACUCAGCGACGAUAAAGCACAAUCGAAGUAAUAAUCUGUACUUUUGGCUCAAUUGUUCCCCGGCACUGUCCAGCAAAACCAAGCAACACUAUCUUCUCCCAGCUGCUCGAGGCACCGUCCCGCGGCUGGAUCCCCUCGUUUCAUGCCUCCGCCGUACAUACCGCCCGCUCCUGGCCCGUCCAACCCAAGCACGACGUCUUUCCCGAGCUCGAGCUCCUCUGUCUCGGCUCCCCGGCGCCGGCCGCGCGUCGAUUCCGAUCCCGAUCCCGACUACGACCCCGACUCGGCCGCGCCCCGCCCCGCCUUGACUUCCAACUCCAAGCGCCCGCGCUCCGAGCACUACACCCCGCCCACCACAACAACCACCACCGCCGCCAACAACACCACAACCACUCCCGUCACCAUGUCCGCCAAGGUUCAGGGCAAGCGGCCCGAGGUGAUCGACCUCACAAACAGCCCAACAGAUCCCAUACCCAACCCAUCUGCCGCUCGCCCCUCGCACCCGCACUACCACCACCAGCCACGCCCCGCCUUCCAACCACACCUCGGCUCCCGCAAGCUCGUCAUCAAGAACCUCCGCCCCGCAGUGGCGUCCCAAUCCACAGCAGCAGCAGUCUCCUCCUCCUCCUCCUUCUCCUCCUCCUCUUCCCCCUCCUCCUCCUCCUCUUCUUCUUCUUCUUCCGCUCCGACGACUACGACUUCCAUCGAGGCCUACUAUGCCCGCAUACAUGCCGACCUCGACGCCGCGCUGUCCAGCAUCUUCGCCGGCCGCCCCACCGCCCAGCCCAUGGAGCGUCUGUACCGCGGCGUCGAGGACAUCUGCCGCAAGGGCGACGCCGCCGAGCUGACGGAGCGGCUGCGCGCCCGCUGUGAGGGCUGGCUCGCCAGCGCGGACAUGCUGGGCGGCUUGUGGGAGGGGCAGCGGGACGCCGCCCCAUCCUCGUCCUCGAAUGCUGCUGCUGCUGCUGCUGCCGCCGCCGCCGCUGGCGGGGAGAGCGGCGCUGCCGGGGCGGGGGACGUGUUGCUCCGCGGGGUGGUGGCCAGGUGGAGGCGGUGGAACGAGGUCGUGUUCGUGAUCCGAGGGAUCUACAGCUACCUGGAUCGGGGGUACUUGUUGUUGCAGCAGGGCGGGGUGGAUGGCGGGAAGGGAAAGCAGGGCAUCAACGAGAUGGGCAUCGCCCUCUUCCGGAAGGCCGUCUUCGGGUCGUCCAAGGGGGCGGCUGUCUCGCCGCAGGGGAAGGCCGUGCUGGAGGGGGCGUGCCGGCUGGUAGAUUAUGCGCGCCAGGGCGACGAGCGGGCGGACGACGUCCUGCUGAGAGACGCGAUCGCGAUGCUGAGGCUCUGCGGCGUCUACGGCAAGUCGUUUGAGCCCAUGUUCCUCGUCCGGUCGCAUCGCUACUUUGAGCAGUUUGCCAGCGAGGUGAGCGCCGCCUACGGCCUGAAGGACUACAUCGGGGCCGUCGCCGCGCUGCUGGAGAGGGAGGCCGCCAGGUGCGACGGCCUCAACUUUGAGAGCACGACGAAGCGGCAGCUGCUCGGCGACGCCCACCACGUCCUGAUCGAGAAGUACUCGGAGAAGCUCCUCGACACGGGCAGCGUGGCCAAGCUGCUCGAGGCCCAAGACGUCGAGUCCGUGAAAGCGCUCUACGAGCUGCUCAAGCUGUCGGGCUUGCAGAAGCGGCUGAAGGGGCCUUGGGAACAGUUCAUCCGCCAGACGGGCUCCGCCAUCGUCCGCGACACGACGAGGGGGGACGAGAUGGUCAUCCGCCUACUGGAGCUGAGGCGGUCGCUCGACGUCGUCAUACGGGAUGCCUUCUCCAAAGACGACGUUUUUUACUAUGCCCUGAGGGAGUCGUUCGCCCACUUCAUCAACGACAGGAAGAACACCGCCGUCUGGAACACCAGCACGUCCAAGGUCGGCGAGAUGGUCGCCAAGCACAUCGACAUGCUGCUGCGCGGGGGGCUCAAGACGCUUCCAAAGUCGCUCUUGUCGGACGUGAAGGACCGGGCGGAUGCCGAGAUGAGCGGCCUGGCGAGCACGGCCGACGAGGAUGCCGAGCUGGACCGGCAGCUGGACCACGGCCUCGAGCUGUUCCGCUUCAUCGAGGGCAAGGACAUCUUCGAGGCCUUCUACAAGAAAGACCUGGCGCGCCGCUUGCUGCUCGGCCGUAGCGCGAGCCAGGACGCCGAGCGCAGCAUGCUCGCCAAGCUCAAGGUCGAGUGCGGCUCUAGCUUCACCCAUAACCUGGAGCAGAUGUUCAAGGACCAGGAGCUGGCCAAGGAGGAGAUGGCGUCCUACAAGGAGUGGCUCGCGGGCACCGGCCGGAACACGGCCGGGGUCGACCUGACCGUCAACAUCCUCUCGGCCGCGGCGUGGCCCGCCUUCCCCGACGUGAAGGUCAACCUCCCCAAGGAGGUGCUCGAGCAGAUCAACACCUUUGAUGGGUACUACAAGUCCAAGCACACCGGCAGGCGGCUCACGUGGAAGCACAACAUGGCCCACUGCGUCAUCAAGGCGCAGUUCAACCGCGGCCCCAAGGAGCUCCUCGUCAGCGCGCCGCAGGCCGCCGUUCUCAUGCUCUUCAACGAGGUCGAAAACGACGGCGACGGCGUGCUCUCGUACGAGCAGAUCUCGCAGUCCACCGGCCUCCAAGGCGGCGAGCUCGACCGCACCCUCCAGUCGCUCGCCUGCGGCAAGGCCCGCGUGCUGACCAAGCACCCCAAGGGCCGCGACGUGUCGCCCACCGACACCUUCACCGUCAACAAGGCCUUCACCGACCCCAAGUUCCGCGUCAAGAUCAACCAGAUCCAGCUCAAGGAGACCAAGGAGGAGAACCGCGAGACACACCAAAAGGUCGCGGCCGACCGCCAGUUCGAGACGCAGGCGGCCAUCGUCCGCAUCAUGAAGAGCCGGAAGAAGAUGACGCACGUGCAGCUCGUGACCGAGGUCAUCAACCAGACCAAGAGCAGGGGCGCCAUGGACGUGGCGGAUAUCAAGGCGAAUAUCGACAAACUUAUUGAGAAGGACUAUCUGGAGCGUGAAGACGGAUCGUACACGUAUCUGGCAUGAGCGAUCCUCGAUCUUAGGGGGGAAGGGUAGAAGUGAUUUCCAUAUGUCAACUCUCCUCCGUCAGGGGCACUACUUGUUCUGCAAAGA